AUGGCGAACGUUGUACUAUUCUUUUUGCUGGUUUUCGGAACGGCGAUGCGAGAAACCCUUGCCGUUCUCUGCCAACAGUGCAACGGCUGGGAUGGGUUGUAUCCGCUACGCUACUCCACCGCCAGCACAUGUGACAACAGAAAUAAUCAAUGUCAGAGUACUCAGUUCUGCGUUAAAAUUAUCGACAACAUGGCGCCGGGGACCAACUAUGGCACGUAUAAGAGCGAUUGUUUCUUCGCGACACAACUUCAGAUAAAUCCAACAAACUUGACAAAUAUCGUCAACCGACAAUGCUACCCCUUUCAAGAUGGAUCAGCACCUGUAAAGAGAUACUACUACUGCUUCUGCAACGAUCGUGAUUUCUGCAAUAGCGCCCCUCGAAUUGAGCAAUUGCCGCAGACUGCCGAAUUCAAGGACCCCGUCGAGCCGCAGCACAUCUUCAUCGGCCGCCGAGAUGCCGUCAUGAAGAACGCCGACAUGCCACAGGAGAUGCAGGAUGACGCGAUAGAAUUGGCGCAGCAGGCCAUCGACAAGUUUCGAUUGGAAAAGAACGCCAUUCAGGAAAUGGCCGCGUUCAUCAAAGCCGAAUUCGAUAAGCGGCACUACCCGUCAUGGCAGGUCGUUGUCGGCAGCAAUUUCGGCUCAUACGUCACGCACGAGACCAACCGCUUCAUCUACUUUUACAUUGCCCAUAUCGCGUUCAUGUUGUACAAAACCGGGAUC